AUGGACUUCGUGUUCGCAAGCCCGAGUGAUGUGACGCUCACUAUCAUUGAAGACCCGAGUGAUAACGACGACCACAAAACGAAGACAGCCUUAUUUCACGUUGACCGCUCAAAAUUGAUUGCAAGCAGUGAAUUCUUUAAGAGAACGUUUUUAUCCCGAUGGGAAAGAUCUGGAAACCACAAUCCCACUCUCAGAGGCGACUCGAUCAAAGGCAUGGAGGUGAUAUUGGGGUCGAUUCAUGGAGUCGACACCAAGCCAGAGUCUGUCUCUAUUGCAGAUGUCUGGUACAUAAUAAAGGCCUGCAACAAGUACCUACUGGAUCCCAAGAAGCUGAUCGGCUGGUUUACGUGCUGGAUCAAAUGGAUUGAGAAACAACCCGACCUAUGGGAAGAUUGGGACAUCAACCGCCAGUUACUAUUUCCUUGCCAUUUCUUUGAUAAUGCAAAAGCAUUCCAGCAAAUUUCAAAAAACCUCGUUUACACCACCAUAGGUCAAAUCACAGAAAUGGCUCCGACAGACUCACCGUCGUUUGAGCCGAUGCAUAUGCCCCCCAUCAUCAUACCGCAAAACGUUUUCUCCUACAUGAGAGAAUUGCAUAUAAUCGGUGUCAAGCCGCUGGACAGCGACAUACACAAGAAUUGUGUUCGUGAUAUUCUUGAUAGACUGGAAAACUUCAGCGAGGUCAAGAUGGGGUCAGUACAGAGAUGUGGCGCAUGCUCUCGCCCGUGGAAACGCGUGGUGGAGCACGCACGAAGGCAGGUUGAGAGCUACUUUGAUGGUCUCUGUUUGGACUGCAUGCAGAAUCAUCCAGACGAGAAUUCCGAGUACUGGGCUCUUGGCAUCCCAAGACAUGCCUAUGACACAACUUGCCGCAUCAGACACGGCGAGCCGACCUGGUACUUCAGUUUCAUGGGCCUGUCGUGA